AUGUAUUUAAAAUUUGAUGUGCAAAUCAAGAAAACACAUCAUAGUCUGUUGAAUCUGAAAUGCAAGCCCUUCAAAGACGUUGUCUGCACUGGAGAACUACAGUGGACUGGUGGUCUUGCAGAAGUAAAUAAUGGAACUCAUAAUGUCUUGAACGCCAUCUGUUGUUCUUAUCCCGGAAUGGCUCGCUCACAACUUUUACGAACCAUUUUCCUUGGACAAGAUGAUAGUUAUGAAGGAGGAGUGAAUGAGAAGUCUGGACGGUCUGGAGGGUUCGAUAUAAUCAAGGAAGUGCGAAAAUCGGUUACUGGAGAUAACAGAAUACAGUACAUUGUUACGAUUCAUCGACUACCAUGCAUAACAGAUCGUAUGCGUUCUCGAGGCUACGCGCGAAGUCAGAGCAGAAAUAAGCGUCGCAUGGAUGACACCAAGAAAGAAGAUGAAUAUGAGUACGAAUGGGAAGGGAAUGAUGGACCACGUCGUUACCGUGAUCGAACUGAGCGCCCGAUUAGGCGCAAUCGACGAGUGGGAUAUAGGCGACGUCCUGCCAUGCGGGAUUAUGACGAUUACUACGAUUACGACUAUGCUGUAAUUGUUCCGCGUCAAAUGGUGUCCAGGUGA